AGCCGAGCCAGAGCGGAUGCCACCGGGCCGCCUCGUGGGAACGGAGAGGGGGGACUCUCAGGGGAUUCGAGCUCGCGCACCGGAGACGUGACGACAGAAGGCUGAAAAGACCGAGAAACAUCACGGGGAAAGAAAGAAGGGAAAAGCAGGGCCUUCACUUCCAGGAGACAAGUCAUUGGGAGCUGUUCAGGCAACAUGAUCCACUGGGUCUUGCCCUAAAAAUACCUCCCGGGCAGUAAGAGUCGGAGCUGUUUCUAUUCGCCUAAUUACCUGGUAAUCAACACAUUUCUUCUUUUUGUUGUUGUUGCUUUGGACAACAGAGAACCAGCGAUUUGAGGUGAAUUCUUCCACGGCGGAGCGUGUUUCUGCAUAUUUUAACUCAACUUUCCAAGUGAAAUAAACUCACAGAGUGCCUUCUGUUCUAAAAAUGUGUCUUAACUGUAGUUUGUGUGCAAAGCCUGCUCAUAUAGACUCUCAUGCCCUCACUGGAUUUUUGGGGCUUAAAUUACUGUGAGUGACGUGAGGUCCGCAUUGACACGGCCCCCGAACCCAUCGUGGGAUCCACCCUAAAACCCGUUCAGCCAUGAGAAAAGCCGAGGUGCAAAUGACCCUGAAAAAGGGGGCGGACGAAGCAUCGGCGCCCCGGAGGCCCGCCGUCCCCCCGAAGCGGUCCAAAGCGAGCCCGGAGCAGGUCGCCCCGGAGCCCCCGAGGCCCGGCUAUUCCACCCCGACUCCGCCGGCUUUCGCCCGCAAGAUGAGGAACGCCGCGGUGGGGACCGGCUGCGACAUCCGCCUUAAGGUGUCCGUGGCGGGAGACCCCCAGCCCUGCCUGUACUGGUACCACAACGACGAGCUCCUGAACAUGGAAAACCAGGAGUACGGAGGGCUCUGGAUUAGGGACUGCAAGCCCAGCGAUGCCGGCCUGUACACCUGCAUCGCCAACAAUCACGUGGGAGAGGCGCGGAGCAGCGCCGUGCUGGCGGUCUUGGAUCUCGGUGAAGACUCUGAAACAACAGAUGAUGAAGGUGACCAAUUUGAGACCAAAGAAGAUGGGGGCAAUGUUGUGGACCAGGCCGUGCACAAAGUGAUGGACACAUGUGCAGAAGAUGACAGUAGAACACAUGGACAUGAGGAUCACUCUAACACAACCAGGAGCCCGUCAGAGAACUUUACAAGAGAAUCUCCGCCACAAGCCCUCCCGCCCCGAUCCCCAAGACUCGUCAAACGCUCCUCCACCUCUCCGAUGCCAAGUCGCUCUGGUUCAACCACGCCUAUCAGCUUGCGGAAAAAAAUAGUUACGCCGACUGAUUACCAAGACACAGUGCCUGGGGAGUUUGAAGAAAAGGUUAGGCAGACAAAAUCCGUCACCCAAGGUAGCACCCAGGACUCCCGACCACAGACCCCUCUGAGCGAGUACUCCCGGAAAGAAUUUACCCUAAGACCAUCUCCAAAGCUUGCCAGGGUGAGCUCAAAGGUCUUUGAGAAGGUCCGUGGAUUGGAAGAGCGGAGACGAAGCCUCGAUAUUCCAGAAGGUUCCAUCUCGGGAGGAUCUUGGGCAGGGUUCAAUCGUGCCGGAUCUGUGGAUUCAGAUGACGGAGGAAGCCGGCUGGGCAUCUCUCGAGAGAGUUCAAGGGAAGACCUCAGUGAGGCUUUGAAAGAGGAUGCUGCUGAACGAAGAUCUAUGUUUAGACAUAGAGCCGCUUCGCUGGAGGACAAACCUCGUUACUCCCAAAAAGUUCAAGACAUUGAGAACAAGUUCAUUGAGGAGCUCCAGCGCAUUAAGAAGCUUGUUGGUAGACCUCACAUGAAGAAGUCGUUUUCGACUGAACAGCUCACUCUUAAGAACAAGCAGCGCCAGCCUUUCAGGAAGAUUGAACCUAUUCCUCAACAAGUCCUUGAAAAGCUCCAAGAAAGGGAACGUGCCCAGUGUGCAAAGGAGCAGAGGGAAAAGGAACAUAAUCAGCAACCAAUGCAGCAACAACAACCGCAAGCGCGGCAAGAGCAGCAUAUGUCCCAACCCCAAAAGACAGCAAGCACUGGUUCAACAAGUGUGACAGUCAAUCGAUCUGGAGAAGUUGCAGGCACCCCAGAGUCCAUGCAGUUAUCCGACUUGCCGGGACAACGAUCGGUGAGAGAACUAAGUCGGGCCAGUCCAGUAACGGAAAUCAUUCAGAGAUCAGCAUCACCAGCACUGUACCGUCAACAACGGGAAGACUCGCCGAGCAGAAAUGUUGCCGAUCUGACAUUACGCAAGGUCGAACGAAGGCCACCAAGUCCGCUGGUGCAAAGGGUAUCUCAAAUGCAAGAAUCCCCGCACAUUCAAGAAUCUCUUCUGCAAGCGUCGCAUAAGGACGAGACUUCGGGGAGAAAGACGCCUGUAGAAGUAGCAUUACGAAAAAACAGACCCGAAAGUCCACUGGUACAAAAGAGGGUGCUCAUUGUGCAAGAUAUGCCUCCUCAGCCCCCCUCAAAAGCCCAGAGGAUGUCACCAGCCACCCCAACAGAGGAGAGGAUGGAAGUGGAUCUUUGUAAACCGGCCUCAAAGAUAAGAAUCCCCACCAUUAUUGUUGAAGAUGAAAAGAUGGACAAGGACGUGGAUGUGAAGACAAGUGGGCCUCAGCCGAUAACUGGCAGCGCCAAAGAGGGGCGACAGAUGAAGAUCAAAGGAAAGAACCGUCGCCCUCGACCCAUGUCUCCAGAGUUAGAUUCAUCGGAUGAUUCUUAUGUUUCUGCUGGAGAAGACCCAAUGGAGGCCCCUGUGUUUGAGGUUCCCCUGCAGGACACUGUAGCAGCUGCUGGUGCAGAUGUGCUACUAAAAUGCAUCAUUGCCGGCUCCCCAAUUCCUGAAGUUACCUGGAUGAGGGAAAACACAGAGAUCACCGGCAAUGCAAACCACGCGGUGAAAGUGGAGGGGGAACGUCAUACCCUGCUCAUCAAAUCAGCUGGAAUAAGUGAUGGUGGGAAAUACUGCGUAACUGCUGUUAAUCAGGAGGGAAGGGCGUCCAGCUGUGCCACCCUUCUAGUCAAAGCAGAGUCUGUGCAGGAGCCCAAAGGAAACCUGGGUGUGCCGAGGGACAUCAGCAGCCCGAUUACAUCAGAUGAGGAGUAUCUCAGCCCCCCGGAGGAAAGCAUGGAUUUCGGAGGGCCAGAGCUCAGGCGCACUAUUGACACCCGAUUCAGGAAACCGCCUGCAUUCCUGGUGACGAUAAGUGAUCAAGCUGUCAUUGAAGGACAGGAAGUCACCAUGUCUGUCCGAAUAAGUGGUCAACCCAAACCCAUGCUCUAUUGGCUGAGGGACAGAGUCACGGUGAAGACCGGCCCGCGUCACACCGUGCGAGAGGCGGACGACGGCGCCUUUGAGAUGAUCGUCAAGUCGGCGGCGCGGUCCGACUCCGGCGUUUACACCUGUAAGAUCAUAAACGAGUACGGGACGAAGCAGUGCGAUGCGAAGUUGGAGGUAAAAGCGGCUCCGGUUGAGCCGGGCCUGGCCGUCCUCCGCCCGGUCAGGGACCUCACGGCCAAGGCCGGGGAGACGGUUCUGUUUGAGUGUCACGUCCUUGGGCCGAAGGACAUCGACGUGGACUGGCUCGCGGACGGGAAACUGAUCCAGCCGGCGUUGCUCAACUGUAAAAUGCACUUUGACGGAAGAAAGUGCCGACUGCUGCUCAACUCCGUGCACGAGGACGACAGCGGGACGUACGUGUGCAAGCUCAGCACGGCGAAGGAGGAAGUGACUUCAUGUGGCAAACUCAAAGUCAUCCCAUCAAUUGAGCCGCUCUUCACCCGCAAGCUGGACGUUCUCGAAGUGAUCGAGGGGCGCAACGCUCGCUUCGACUGCAAAGUCAGCGGGACGCCGUCGCCAAAGGUCAUCUGGAGCCACUUCGACCAUCCGCUUGUUGAAAGUGAAGACAUUCGUGUUCUUCGGGAGGGCGGCCGCCACUCUCUUUUCAUUUCUCACGUGACCAAUGAGGAUGAGGGAUUUUACACCGUCACUGCCUGCAACAGUCACGGCGAGGCGGAGAGCUCCGCCGAACUCUACAUACAAGAACCGCGGCCGGCCAUCUCCUCACAGAUGGCUAAACUGGAGAAGAUGCCGUCGAUCCCAGAGGAGCCGGAGGUCCCAGAGAACGAGGUGGAGCGCUUCACCAUGCCCGACUUCAUCAAACCCCUUUACGACCUGGACGUGAUCGAGGGCAAGGAGGCCGUGCUCAAAUGUAAAGUGGCGGGUCUGCCCUACCCCACCAUCGUCUGGUUCCACAACGGCAAGAGGAUGGAGAGCAGCGACGACCGAAAGAUGACACAGUUUCGUGAUGUCCACAGCCUGGUCGUCCGCUGCGUGCUCCACGCCCACGCUGGCGUCUACAAGAGUGUCAUCUCCAACAAAGUUGGCAAGGCCACCUGCUACGCUCAUCUUUACGUUUCAGAUAUCCUGCCGGACCCUCCUGAUGGGACUCCAGUGAUAGAAUCCAUCACUGGUAAAACCAUCACCUUGAGCUGGAAGAAACCAAGGAGGCUGGACCCUUCCAUUGAUGCCAGCUCCCUGAUGUACGCCAUCCAACAACAAGCCCUGGGCUCCAUCCAGUGGACCAUCAUAGCUUCGGGCCUGAAGGAGACUUCCUACACCAUCACCACCCUCUCCAAAGGCGUGCGCUAUGCUUUCAGGGUCCUCACCAUCACCGCCAAAGCCUUCAGCAAGCCCUCGCCCACCACCGACCCGGUGCAGCUCCUGGACCGAGGUCCUUAUCUCCAGGAGGCUCCAGUGAUUGUGGAUAAGCCAGAUAUUGUCCAUGUGAUGGAAAACCAGUCUGUCACCAUCACCGUCACCCUCAAUCAUGUCAAUGCUGCAGUCCUCUGGAAGAGGAGGGGAGUGGUCCUCUCCGGCAAGCCGGGCCUGUACGAGAUGACCAUGCCCGACGACGACCAGCAGACGCUGAAGCUGCUCAAAGUCAAGAGUGCCGAUGUCGGAGAGAUGGCGUUCGUGGCGUCCAACAAGUACGGCUGCGACAGCUGCGCCUUCGCCGUGGAGAUGGCAGCUCCACCAACGUUUGAGACCAUCAUGGAGGACUUGGACGUGUGUGCAGGCGAGACCCCUCGCUUUGCUGUGGUUGUGGAGGGCAAACCCAUCCCCGACAUCCUCUGGUUCAAGAACGACGUCCUCCUGUCGGAGAGCAGUCAUUUCACAUUUGUGUAUGACGAUAAUGAAUGUUCCCUGGUGGUCCUGAAUGCCCGUCCAGAAGACUCUGGGGUUUACACCUGCACUGCCAGGAACUUGGCAGGAUCUGUAACCUGUAAAGCUGAACUCACUAUUCAUGAAGCCAAACGCAAAGAAGAUCCAAUGGAUGACGAGGAGACUAUCCGGAGGAAGAUGCGCAGACUGACUGACAACUAUGACAUUCACAAGGAAAUUGGAAGAGGUGCAUUUUCAUAUGUGAAGCGCGUGACCCAGAAGGCUGGCAAAAUGGAGUACGCUGCCAAGUUCAUCUCCACACGGGUGAAGGAGAAGGUGUUGGCCCGGAGAGAGAUGAACCUGCUCUCCAAGCUGGACCACGAGAGGAUCCUUUUCUUUCAGGAUGCCUUUGAGAAAAAGAAUGCCGUCGUCCUCGUCACUGAGCUAUGCCACGAGGAGCUGCUUGACAGAUUUACAAAAAAAUCUACAGUGAUGGAGUCUGAUGUACGCUCAUGUGUCAGACAACUGCUUGAGGGCGUGGACUACCUUCAUCAUCAAAACAUCAUCCACCUUGACAUUAAGCCUGAUAACAUCCUCAUGGCGGACUCCCACGGGGAUCAGAUACGAAUCUGUGACUUCGGCAACGCGGUGCAGAUCACACCCGAUGAUGCUCAAUACUGCAAAUAUGGCACACCGGAAUUUGUGGCACCAGAAAUUGUCAGUCAGACCCCCGUCUCAAAAGCAACCGACAUCUGGUCAAUUGGAGUCAUUGCAUAUCUGAGUCUGACAGGAGUUUCUCCAUUUGCUGGAGAGAAUGACCGCAGCUCCGUACUGAACAUCAGGAACUAUAACGUGGCCUUCGAGGAGAGCAUGUUCGCUGACCUUUGUCGAGAGGCUAAAGGGUUCAUCAUAAAGCUUCUGGUGGCCGACAGGCUGAGACCUGAUACUCAAGGAUGUCUCCGUCACCCCUGGUUCAAGACUCUUGGCAAGGGGAAGGCCAUCAGCACAGAGUCUCUGAGGAAGUUUGUGUCUCGCAGAAAAUGGCAGCGCUCCCUAAUCAGCUAUAAAUCGAAAAUGGUCAUGAGGUCCAUACCUGAGUUGCUCAAUGAUUCCUCCAGCCAUAUCUCCAUUGCCGUUCCCAGGCACCUUAAAGAAGGUUCACCUCUGCCAUCAUCAUCUUCAGAUUCGGAUGAAGACAUUGAUGAACUGCCGUUCAUUCCGAUGCCGCUUCACAUGGAGUUUUCUGGAUCGAGGAUGUCACUUAAUGACAUCCAGACAAAUGAGCUGGAAACAGGAAAACAGGAUGGAACAAGUAAAUGGGCCGUGUCUCCUGUUCAAGCCCAGGAGGCGAUGGAGUGUGACCCACAAGAAAUGGAUAAAGAAGGCGUCGAAAUAACAGCCAAAGGCCGCCUGCGGAAAAGGUCGUCACAGGACAAUGAAAGGGCUUCCUCAGAUGAAGAAUCACCAGCUGAAUUGCCGCAAAAGUCACAGCUGACUAGAAACCCCCUGCGAAGGGGUUCAAGCAUGGAGUCGGACAAACCGGAGGGCGGGCGUGGGAGAGGAGAGCUAAGACGUGGAGUGUCUGCCGACAGUGCAUUGCUGCUCCGGAUUACACCGGAGGAAGGAGCCGGAGAGGGAAGUCCAGAGAAUGGAAAGAGAGUUCUCAAGAAAGCCGUCUCUAUGGAAUUACCAAGAAGGAGCACCAGCCCGGGAACCGCCAAGAUGAGUCAAGAGGACUACGCUCUUAAACUGGAGCUGAUGCGACAGCGCCUGCUUCGUGGCGGCUCCGUGGACAAAAAGAUGAGUGGACUGAGGGGACCGCUGCUGGAAACAUUAGGAAUGGGAGAUGAAAAGCGUUCCUCUCGUGCACCUCGUUUGGGCCCACCCCCGCUAAUUAGAGCUGCAUCCAGCGAUUCUGCAUUGGAGGAAGUUCCCAAACCCAAUGUGUUGCGCAAAACUGCUUCGUUCAGUCAAGGUGAUUCAGAACCAAUAGCUUUACACCGCCGAUCAGGAGCUCCCUUGGAGAUCCCCUUGGCACAGGUAGAAAAGAGAAGGCUCAAAGAGGCCAUAUCUAUGUCGGCUCUUACUGAGCAAAUCAAGCUGGAUUCCCGUCCGGUGACUCCCAGGGACCCUUCGCCAAAACCACCGGCACCGGAGUCUGUUGUACAGGGAAGUCCAACCAAAGCUGAAAGUGAGGAAUCAUUAAUGGAGAAAGAGAUUAAGCCUGAUGAGACUGUAAGCGAAAAGAUGGAGGGGCUGACUACAGAUAGUAAUUUUGACGAGAGAUCGAGCACUAGUGGUUUCUCAGAGAAGGACAUGAGCACAUCAGAAGAACCGAUGAAUGAAUCAGAGUCUACGGGCCAAAGGAUUCCUUCACCUCCUCUUGUGGUCCAAAGCUCUGAACUAGAAGAGAAAAUGGAGGAAGACGAAGGAGAAGACGAGAAAGAAGGAAAAGUACAGAUUAUGAAAGUAGAAGAGGAAAGAAUUGUAAGUAAUGCUGAAUCAAACGCUGAAGGACAUUUCAACGUCUCUGAAAGAAGUGCAGAAGAAGAAGUACCUCUGCCUGCUAAAUCUUCCGAUAUGUCCAUAACCACAAGCUCAGUUCUGGGGAGACCGACGCAAGAAUAUUCCCACCCAUCAACAAAUGUCGUGUCAACUUACGUGACACCCUCGCUUCCUGCCGUGGUGCUUCUUCCAGAUGGAAGGACUUCAGCAUAUGCAAGUAUAAUGCAGACCAUCAUGGUCCCUGCAGUUCAGACUGUAGGCCCUACACCUGUCGGAUCAACUGAAACGCCCACAUCUCCACAUGCCAGCAUGUCCUCUGCUCUACCCGGGUCACCAAAGUCAGCCAGCACUGAGCACGCCGCCGUGUACUCCAGGGUAGCGUCGCCAGAGAUGAUGACAAAGGAACCGAGUCCACCAAGGACUAGCCCACAUCCCUCAUCCCAACAAGAGCGCUCGGCAGGAGUUGACUUUGAGGACAUUACCUCUGAAGAAGUCUUCGAGGCCCGCUUCAAAAAACGUGAGUCUUCCCUCUCAAGAAGUCUUAAAUUUCUGUCGCGGUCAAAGAAUGAGGACAAGUCCCAAGCGGCUUUAUCGGACUCGACGGAGUUAGGUGAAGAUGUAUACAGACCCGGGCCAAUCGGUGCGCCAUUGGAGUUGGCAAGCAGAAGACUUGAGGAGAAGUCAAAGUCGGUGCAGGAUCUUCGUGAAGCUCAAAAGGACCACGGCUUUAUGAGAAGGCUCUCGAUGCGCCUGAAGCGAGCGCCGUCAACCGAGCGCAAGGAGGACGUCAACAAAGAAGAAGACGCGGUUCCUUUGAGACGUAGACUUUCUUGGAAUCUUGGCCGUAGGGAGCCACAGGAAAAGAAGGAAGCGGAGGUGGUUGGCGGAGGUGGUAAUACAUCGGUGGAACGAGAUGAAAAGGAGCUCAAGAAACCGAACGAAUCACCGGUCUUGGCGAUGCGCAGAAAGAUCGAAUCGACAGUGGCUGGGAUCUCCACACGGAUCCGCAGCUUCUCAGAGGAGAGGAAGGCGUCGGAGGAGAAGGAAACCAAAAGGACGCCCAUUCUUUCCAUGCUUCGGCGUGCGACGUCCGAGAGCCGUGCCACGAAGGUUGCAAGUGUUCCUCAGAACCAACUGGCAUCUCAGACCAGUAAUGGUGCCUCAUCAGAGUCUAUAGACUCCAUGUCCAGCCUGAAGUCAGAAACAUCAAAGGUUGUGGAGGGUGAGCGCAGAUCCCGCUGGGAUCGAUGGGGCCUAACCAGAGGGAGGCGAGACAAGACGGUAUCCCAGCCCGACAUACCAACAGCAAUCUCCAGAGAUAGUAGUUCCCUACGUUCACGCCAGUACUCCAGAUUGGCUUCAGACUUCCCUCCAGUAUUCCACAUCAAGCUAAGAGAUCACGUCCUGCUGGAGGGGGAUCCAGUCACACUCAGCUGUCUGCCAGCAGGCAGCCCCCAACCAUACGUCACCUGGAUGAAAGAUAAGAAGCCCCUGGAGAUCGAUGCCAGGAUGAACACGAUCGCCUGCCCUGAUGGCCGGCAGCUGCUGAUGAUCAUGCAAACCACCAAGAAGGAUGCCGGGGUCUAUGAAUGCGUGGCUACCAGCCCCCUGGCCACAGUGUCCAGCUCCUGCACCAUAUCUCUGGCCCGUCUGCCUAAUCGUCCCGGGACCCCUGAAAUACCUCAGAUGUACAACAACACGGCCCUGGUGCUGUGGAGGCCCUCGGACACCAUGGCACCCUGCACGUACUCUCUGGAGAGGAGAGCGGAGGGUGAGACCAACUGGCUGAUCGUGGCUACGGGGGUGGCAGACUGUUAUUACAACGUGGUGGACUUGCCAGCAGGGGGCUCCUUCAGGUUCAGGGUGGCAUGUGUCAAUAAAGCCGGCCAGGGCCCCUACAGCAACCUGUCGGAGGUCGUGAGCCUGAGUGCUUCAGAACCAGCUAAAUCCACUGCCCCUGUGGUGAUGAAGACUGUCCCUGCAACCACUCCUCUCCCUGUGGUGAUGAAGACUGUCCCUGCAACCACUCCUCCUCUCCCUGUGGUGAUGAAGUCGUCCAUGAAAGUGCCUCCCAUUAUUAAACCAGCUCCGAGCAAACCCGCCGCAGUCGCACAUGCCCCGCCUCCGGCCCCCGCUCCAUCCGUGGCUCACCCCGCUCCCGCCCAUCAAACCGUCAAACCCGCUGUGCAGGUGGAUGCCAGCCGUCCGGCCGUUACUCCGCCCGCGAGCGCGGCUCCCUCGGGACGAGCUGCCGCUCAGAGCGCCCCUCCCGUCAAAGCCAAGAGCACCCUCAGCAUCAGCGUUGGCAAACCCCAAACCAAAUUGGCGGCUCCCCCUGUCGUCCCACCCAAACCUCAAAGCCCUGCACACGCGGUCCCUCAAACAACCAAGAAAUCCCCUUCUCCUGCACCAACACCCGCGGCUGUCAUCGGUAAGCCCAUUUCAUCGAUUCCGAUGUAUGUGCCAGCUGCGACCGUGCGGGUUACUCCACCCUCUCAGUCGACCGCCACCCUGUCAGUCACCCCCGUGGCGGUCCCAGCACCCGCGGUUGUCUCGCCGCCCGUGGUGGUGGUGGUGCAGAGCUCGACGCCGCUGCUGCAGGAAGGGGACAGCCGGAGCACCCCGACCGGGCGGGCCACGCCCUCGGGAUGCCGGACGCCGUUGGGAAGGCCUGGAGAGGGGUCUCUGCGCCAGGGAGUUCCACAGAAGCCGUACACCUUCAUGGAUGAGAAAGCAAGGGGUCGGUUCGGUGUGAUCCGGGAGUGCCGGGAAAACGCCACGGGCAACCUCUUCAUGGCCAAGAUUGUUCCGUACGAGGCGGACACCAAGCAGACGGUGCUGCAGGAAUACGACAUCCUCAAGUCCCUCCACCACGACCGGAUCAUGGCCCUGCACGAAGCGUACGUCACCCCGCGCUACCUGGUGCUCAUCUCCGAGUACUGCAGUGGGAAGGAGCUCCUCUUCAGCCUCAUAGACAGGUUCCGUUACUCGGAGGAUGAUGUGGUCACCUACAUUGUGCAGAUCCUCCAGGGUCUGGACUACCUCCACACCCGACGCAUCCUCCACCUGGACAUCAAGCCGGAGAACGUCAUCGUCACCUACAUGAACGUCAUCAAGAUCAUCGACUUUGGCAGCGCUCAGACCUACAACCCCCUCUUCCUCAAGCAGUUCAGCCCUCCUAUCGGAACACUGGAGUACAUGUCUCCAGAGAUGUUGAAGGGGGACGUCGUGGGUCCCCCGGCUGACAUCUGGAGUGUGGGCGUGCUCACUUUCAUCAUGUUGAGCGGCAAGUCGCCUUUCAUUGAAAAUGACCCUCAGGAGACGGAGGUCAGGAUCCAGGCGGCAAAGUUUGACCUCUCUAAGCUCUACCAGAAUGUGUCCCAAAGUGCCUCUCUGUUUCUCAAAAAGAUCCUGUGUAGCUUCCCGUGGGCCCGCCCCUCCAUUAAGGACUGCUUCAACAACGCCUGGCUCCAGGACGCCUACCUGAUGCGCCUCCGCAGGCAGACUCUCACCUUCACCACGACCCGGCUCAAGGAAUUCUUGGCCGACCAGCAGCGCAGGCGAGAGGACGUGUCCACCAAGCACAAAGUCCUCCUGCGGUCCUACCAGAGCUCGCCGCACACCCCCACCAGACCCGCCACGCCAAAUGUGCCCACUCCACCCGCCACACCUGUCGGCCAGUGAGAAAAGAAAAAAAACAGGCUUCCAAAACACCACUUGUCCAGAUUUGACGGCGUAGGGGGAAACAUCCUCAGAGGCUGAUCCCUUCAGGUUUGAGUUGUUCAACUUGGUCAGAUGAACAAAAAAGAAAGAAAGGACGGAGAGCCACAGUGGCCGAGGGCUGCUCUUCUUCUGUGGUUCUUUAAGUGAAUCUCUUUGACACAUGAAGGGAACUCUGACAACGUUGGAGUCGUUUUUUUAUACAGUGGACCUCGUUCUUUAAGGCAGGAUGACAUCUUAAAGUUAGUACCUCAAGGUUUGUAACUUUGCAUACAUUUUGGAUAAACGACUUCCUUUCUUACCGUCAACUCUCCAGUGAUUAGAGGGAAUGCAUUGUUGAUACGCUGUAGUCACCCACCAUGCAAGGCCUAAACCUGCUGUAAUAGAGUUUAGAUGUGAAAAACAUAGAGUUUACAAACACUGCUCACUUUAAAGACAAGGAGGGCGAAGAACAAUGGAUGCCUUUUCCCCAGCGACACCUCUGCUUCAUGCGUCCAGUUUCUAAAUGAAAUGUUUUUAUGACCAGACGUUGAUUCUACGAUGAUCCGUACACUAAGUCCAACAUAUUUGUGCGACAGUACCAGAGUUUUUGUAGCAUUAUCAAUGAUUGUCAAGACUGUAGCAGUUCCAGUUCACUUCUUUUCUUCAGAGUUUUCAGUUCCAGUUGAGUUUGGAGGAGACAUCGGAGGAAUCUCCACAAGGGCUAUUAGAAAAGGACUCUUACAAUCGGCACACGUUUACUCCCUAAAUGUAACUUAACAUGGCAAUGACUCAAAAUCACAUUUAGUUUUGGAAUUUGUUUCGAGAUGAUCAUUUCAGGACGGCCGCUGCGUUGGCGCCGAGCGGGCACUGGUUCCUUCACCACGAGGGAGCUAGCGGCCCAUUGGCUUCCAGUUCAGCUAAGCUCCUCCCCUCAGCCCAGUGGAUCCACUCACUCUCAUCUCUGAGUGGACGAAAGGUGCGUUCACACCAAAAGCGAAACUAUUUUUUCGCGCGACCAGAUCCCAUGAAAAGUCAACGUACAGACGCGUGUGGCUGCGAUAGACGCGAUAUUUUUCCGGGCGGCGCGUUUGGGGCGACGCGAUGUGGCCGACGCGUUUACAGCGGCGCAAUUUACGCCCCGAGUUGAAAUAUUUCAACUUUGAGGCGGUCAUCUCGCAACUCGGACCAAUCGGCUCUUGAGUUCCGCUCUCGUAGCGCUGGAAGCGGAAGUCUUUCAGACGUAACAGUAACUUCAUCGGUGAAAGUGACCGAGCUGAGUGAGUCUACGGGUGAUGUCAUGAACCCAAACACGAGGGCGUCAGUGUGUGGGACGUCCUCGACAAGUAUAAAGCAGAACUAGUGGUUAGUUAUUCUGGUGGAUGAAGGAGAUGAUAACGGUCUUUACGGAGACGAGACACGGAGAUAAGCCCCGCCCCUCGCGUCUCAACGCCUAUGGCGUGAACACGGUGAACGGUCGAGCGAGUAAACACGCAUUUUGGGCGAUGCGAAAAAUCGUUUUGCUUUUGGUGUGAACGCACCUUUAGUGACGUGAGCCUGUGUGUUCUUAUGAGUGUGCAUACAGCACAUUGCCCACGCUACAUCCGUUAUUUAAUGGAAGAUUAUCUGGUCUUAUUUUAGCUGUAAUCUUUAACUGCCAACAGCUAUUAGUGUGAUUUAUUUGUCUUUAAAUGUCCAUAAUUUUCAUUUUUAAAACUAUUGAAUUGAUUAUAAUUCAAAUUGAUUAUAAUUCAGAUUUGAGUUAGUUAUAAUUCAAUUCUUAUUAAUUGAUUGAUGCAGCAUCGAGCACCUUUUUGGUUCCUAGCCCGUACAAGCUGACAAGAAGGCCGAGAUCAAAACAUGAAUUCAAUACGCACAAAAUAUCGUAGAGCGUGCACAACAUGAAAUCAGAAACGUUAGGACAAUCGACACAGCGAUUUAUUAAAAAAUCAAAUGUAAACAUUUCUUCUUAUUCCGUGCUUUAUAUGCGAGAUAUUAUGAGGUACGUCUUAACCCCCCCCAAAAAAAACAAGUCUCGGAUCUUCAUCAAGAGAUUGUAAAUGUGACGAUACGUUACGAUUUGCAAACCAUUUCACAAUGCUUCAAUCAUAACUGUUUCUUUGACAGUUUUAGAAAUGGGGCGAGAGAGAGAGAGGAGAGAGGGGGGUGGGGGGGUGGUGGUCUGUUGUUUAUACCGCUUUGCUCUUUCUUUGAGGGCAAAUUCAGUUUUCAGACUAGCAUGUGAAACACUUGCACAGUUUUUUGGGAUGGCUUUUUCCCGUCACGUGUGUCGAUACCCGACACUCGAGGGGUCACUUCUGUUCACUUUAAAAGAAGCGUGGAGGACUUCUACGUCUCCAUCUCACGUCGCGCCACACAUUGAGAGAGAGUGUUGGUAACUCUGUGAAACUAUUUUACUACUUAUAUAUAUAUUCGGAUGCUAUUGCUGCAUUAAUACUGUCCCUUUUCCUAUGCAGAGUGGAAGUUAAUCACAGAGAGUUGUUGAAUGCAACCAACGUGCAGUCGAUUGUGUUAUUUAAAAUCAUAUCAAAUGAAAUUACAACAGUUUGAAAGCAGCCAACAGGGAUUUUGGGUAGGAAAAAAAAAACAGAGAAAAAAAAGAUGCCGACCGCUCCACGUUUUGUAUUUUAUCUCCCACGCCGUAUUUUGUGGAAUGUGUUGCAGUGCCUCCUGAUGGAGAUCAGACCCACGGAGAAUUUAAAAAGAGUUUGUUCAAUAAAUGACAAGUCACUAUAUUUUGAUUCUACGAAUGUGACCGCUUCUGUGUGUGUUUUGCACCUUGUUUAUUUAUUGAGUGACUGUGUUUGUCAAAGCCGCUGCUUUUUAUCUGCGUGACCUUUCUGAACCUGGCAUGGAGAAUGGCAUGACAACUGUUAAGGCUGUGAACAAUAAAGGAAAUGUGACACAUUG